UCGAACCAUCAGUUAUGUCUUCCCUCACCACACCGCUCACGCUCAUGGCAGCCGUGAAAGAGAUUGAGGAUGUCGCCAUCACCGCAGCAGAUAGAAAACUCAACUUACCAUUACGGGAUCUGGAAAAAGUCGCUCUUGAUAAGCUUCCCCUAAACCGAUCCGGCCGAAGUCGGAGAUCCAUAGGCAUUUCUACCUUGUGGUUCCUCCUGGUCAAGAUACCCAUCAUAGUGAUAGUUUUGCUCAUCACCAUCGCUUGGCUAUGUGUUCAAAGCCGGAAAAAGAAGGACCUGGCCAAGUGAUGGCGCUGCGGUCGUUAGUGAACUAUUUUGACCCUGGUCGUGAUACGACACAAUCAACAACCACGACCUGCAGGGAUUAAUCACCAAAAGGCGCCGCUUCGCUGGGCAACGUGUUCGUUACAGGAUUGUUGACCUGGAACAAUCGAAACAGCCACAAAAUGAUGAGACGUGACUCUCACAAAUUGGCGAUUGAGACGCCGACGCCAACGCCGACGCCCGGAGACUUUGGAUGCCCCGAACCCACCCACACACCUCUUCCACGUCACCCCGACAGUCGCUUCAGUCUGAAGCGAGAUAAUUGUUAAAAAGCCCAUCAACAAAUCCGUCGCCUUGAGCCCCCCAGUUGGCCAGUUAUGGGAUAAUGUCUUGAUGGGAGUAAGGCAUCUGUCACAUCGCCAUUCCGAAAAGAGACUGGACAAUGUCAGCUCACGGGUAUUUCAUGAUGAUUGGGUGCCACUUAUAA